GUGGUGUUUGGUGUUCGUGAUCGCGACGGUUGGUCGACUUCCAUGUUCACGCAUUCCCUUUGGAACGAGCUUUUCAUGGAAUUUAUCGAGCGAUAAAGGAGUACAAUUUCCAAAAUGGGUGGAUUUUUCCGGCAUUCCCCCCAUUGAGCUCUUCCCAGCUCCAGAGAUUUCGUUGUCGCCUUUGAUCGAUUCUUUUGACUUCUGCCCUUCUUUUUGUGUGAAACGAAAGCUGAAAAGAUUUCAACUUGACUCUCCCUCGUUAUUGAUUUUGUUCCUGCUGAUCUUUUCUGUUCUGGGUUUCACUCCUUCCACAUCAGGUUUUAUAAAUUUGAAGAAAAGGUUUUUUUUUUUUUUUUUUUGCCUGAUGCUCUGUUCCUCUUAGGGAUUUGAUGAUCUAUCGCUGAAGGAGAAGUAGAAAAUUUGAGAAUUGCCACUCCAUGUUUUUGCAAGUUCCAUAACCUGAGGGGAAAAAAAUAAAAAAAAGAGAGAAAGAAAGGAAGAAGCAUAUGUUACAAAAUCUCCAAUUUCUUUAUUCUAAUGAGCUUUUGUCUUUUCUGUGUACAAAAGUCGCCGUUUCCUAUUUCUCGCAGAAAAUUAAGCAAAUUAUCAGUUUGAAAGAACCUAGCGUAGAUUUAGUGAAGUGCUUACCUUUUUCUUUAAUCUUCUCUUCUUUUUGAAAAUGAUGGAAAGUGUACGCGUACCCAAUGUACUGUAAAUUGAUGUCACUCUGACUUGGAAGCAGAGCCCAAAUGGCUGAAUCACCAAUAAAUCCAUUCACGCAUUCAUUGUGAACCCAAUUUUGCAUCCUUGGAAUCGUCCUUUAUUCAGGCACGCACUUGGAAAAUUCGUGUCAGACUCAUUCAUCUCCAUUUACUGAGGUCCAGCUGAAGCGAAGGAACUUUCUUUGGGGAGGAUGUUAGCCUGUAGUUUCAUGAACUGCCGCUCUGUCAUUGACCUUGCUUUCUUGCCAUUCAAAUUGCAAAAUUCCAACUUCAACGUGACCCGAGAUUUCGAAUUUUGAGGAGAUCUCUUUAGACGAAUCAUUACUCUCCCUGAAAAUUGAUGGUUUUUUAGUUCGCAAGAAAAUGCAUUUGCCUUUUGCAUAAUUGGUGUUCUGGGUAUUACUCCAAAAGGUGGGAAUUUGGACUAUCAAACUUGGUUUAGUUGGGUUCCAAUUUGAGAGAAAUGUUAGAGGAGCCUCAGUUUUGCGCUUCUCGGGUUUUGUCGCCGUUUCGCGAGGAAAGUGGCGAUGAGGAGCUCUCCGUCCUUCCGAGGCACACCAAAGUCAUCGUGACUGGAAAUAACAGGACUAAGUCUGUAUUAGUGGGACUUCAAGGCGUUGUCAAGAAGGCGGUCGGCCUCGGUGGCUGGCACUGGCUGGUUCUGAAAAAUGGGGUUGAAGUUAAGCUACAAAGGAACGCGUUAAGUGUGAUCGAACAUCCAACGGGCAAUGAAGAGGAUGAUGAUCAUGAUUUCGACUCUAGUAGUGGCUCUGAAACUGUUGAAAAGGAUCGUGAUUUCUCCAGUUGCUUUGACUUCCACAAAUUCGGCAAGCCAAGAGGUAGGCAUACGAGGCCAUGGAUCACAUCUGCACCAACAAAAUCAGUGAAUCGAGGAUGCUAUCGAGAUGUACAGUCCAUUAUUCAGACUCCUCAGCUGAGGGUAAACCUGGCGAAACUAGGAACAAAUUCGCUGUGGAGAUACUGCAAACAUUACAAACUCGUGAACACCAGUUCCCAUCUUGGAAGGGAGCAAAUGCUUAAAGCUGUGGGUCGGCAUUUUGCAUCACAGCAAGUGAACGAGGCAGAGGUGAUCAAGGACUUCAUCCGUCUGGCGAAGAGACAGAAAGCGGGCAGCACCUGCGAUUACUGAGAACUCCUGGAAUGUCGGGAUGCUUGUGAUUAGAGUGUACACUCCUCAAAACCCUAACACCUUUAGAUUGACUGAUAGAAUGAUGUGUGGAAAACGGUUGAUAUGAGCAAAAACCAUGUCCCAUUAUCUUCUCGCAGAUCCUAACCCAUUUUAGUCGUGACUGGGAGACUCAUGCAACGUGACUCCAUUUUAACUGUUAAUUCCAACUUAGCGGUCCCCCGCUC